AAAAAAGAAAAGAUUCAUUUCCCAAUUUUAAGCACAUGCGAUUUCUUGGUCUUUUUGUUACACAGAUCCCUAUCCCUCUCCCUCUGGUGUUUCUCAUCAGCAAGUAAAUAAGUAAUGGCCGAUGAACCUUCUCUCACUCGCUGGUCUUUUCAGGAUUUUAAAAUAUUUUAUGAUGAUAAGUUUGGGAGAAAGAAGGUGGCUGCAGCAACAGCACAAACAUCAUCGGAGUCGCAGCAAAACGGUCAAACAACAGCAGUAGCAUCGAAUGGGAAUGGUCAUGUCAAGAACCCAUCUGAUAUGGCCAUUUAUGAGCAGUAUAGAAACCAAGAUAGGAGCUCAACAUUACACUCCAACGGAGUUUUGCCUAAUGGAAUUAAUGAAAUACCUCAGAAGCCUUUGAUUCCUGCUUUUGAUUCUUCUGAAACACGCGCUUUAGCAGAGAGUUUAUGCAGGGAUAUCAUUCGCGGCAGUCCAAAUGUGAAGUGGGAAAGCAUUAAGGGGUUAGAGAAUGCAAAACGUUUACUGAAAGAAGCUGUAGUCAUGCCGAUAAAAUAUCCCAAAUACUUCACUGGUCUUCUGUCGCCAUGGAAAGGCAUUCUUCUUUUUGGCCCUCCAGGGACAGGGAAGACAAUGCUCGCAAAGGCUGUUGCUACAGAGUGCAAAACCACAUUUUUCAAUAUCUCAGCAUCUUCAGUGGUUAGCAAAUGGCGGGGUGAUUCAGAGAAAUUAAUAAAGGUUUUAUUUGAGCUUGCUAGGCAUCACGCACCAUCAACUAUAUUUCUUGAUGAAAUUGAUGCUAUUAUCAGUCAACGUGGUGAAGCUCGCAGUGAGCAUGAAGCAAGUAGGCGUUUGAAGACCGAACUGCUCAUCCAGGUUGUACUCCUUAAAAACAGAUUGCAGAUGGAUGGUUUGACUCGCACAAAGGAGCUUGUUUUUGUUUUGGCGGCGACUAAUCUCCCUUGGGAAUUGGAUGCGGCCAUGCUCCGGCGUCUUGAGAAGCGGAUUCUUGUACCCCUUCCAGAACCAGAAGCUAGAAGAACCAUGUUUGAAGAACUUCUCCCAUCACAGCCUGAUGAGGACAUGCUUCCUUAUGAUUUAUUAGUGGAAAGAACAGAAGGAUUUUCUGGUUCAGAUAUCCGGCUAUUAUGCAAAGAGGCUGCCAUGCAACCAUUGAGACGCAUAAUGACACUCCUUGAAGACAGAGAGGAAAUAGUGCCUGAUGAUGAGUUGCCAAAAGUUGGGCCGCUCAGAUCUGAGGAUAUAGAGACAGCUUUGAAUAACACAAGGCCAUCUGCUCAUCUUCACGCCCAUCGCUAUGAGAAAUUCAAUUCUGAUUACGGCAGUCAGAUACUCCAAUGAAGGCAUACAAUGUCAAUUAUCCUUCAAAAUGGGCUACCUGUAAUGUUUCUGGAUUUCUUGUAUUCUCACUGUAUAAUCAAUACCGCAAAAAUUUUGUUGUCAGGAGAUAGCAGUUAUUAUCAGGGGUAAUUAUUAUUUAAGUAAUUGAUUUCAAUAACUUUCAAAUUGUUCAAUAAACAAUGUUGCAAGCAGCAUUUGGAUUUA